AUGGCCUACUCGACGACUCUCUCCAGCCUCUCUGAUGAGCUCUUCCUCCGUAUUAUAUCCUUCCUCGCACCAGAAUCUCUCUUCUCCUUUGCAACAACCCACCAAAGAGCGCUAAACUGCUCACAGCGCCUCCUGACUCAACACCAAGAAUGGCAUCUACAAUUCCGCAUCAUUCAUGAUCGCGUCCCUCUUUCCACCCCGGCCCUUCUCCAACGUGGGAUGCUAGACUCGCAAGCUGAAAUGUGGCAUCUCCAGCGCUUCGAAUCCUGGGGUACGAGACUUGAAUGGAGUCACUGGGAUACUUUCGAUGUGAACAAGUACGACCAUGAUCUCGGGGGAGAUGGGGGUCUAGUGGAGACUGAUGAUCAUACGGACCUAAGUGAGGAAUACUAUAAUGGUGGGUUUGGGGACAGAAUGGAAGAGGUGAUGAAAGAACAAUUGUACUUUGACGAGUCGGAGGCAAGCAAAUGGAUGGAGCGUAUCCAUGCAGGCUCGGAUGAGGCGCUGAAGGGUUUGAUGAUCGCUCUUGCUCCCAGUAUCAGUACCGUAAUUUUUGUUGCACAUAUGCCUCCUCUCGAGAAAUACCCUUUGAAAUUCCUCAGCAAAGCAAUCUCAAAGGUCGCAGCUUCGUCACCCACUCCAAUCUGGCCUCCAGGUUUUCAGUCCCUGACGAACAUCUCCAUCGCAAGUUACACGAGUCUGCAGCAUCCUCAUAACAAUUUUUACUGUCCAGUCUCAGCUAUCGUCCCCUUCUUCCACCUCCCGGCCCUGAAGGCACUUAGCUUACAGGUCGUUGGAUAUCCUGAUGACGAAGAGGAGUGGGAACUCCCAAUCGGUUGCUCUUCGAUUGAAACCUUGAAGUUGGACUGCUGUGAAAUGUCACAAGAAACAAUCGAGCAGCUCGUACUGGCUUGUCGAACACUGAGAUGGAUCGAGUUCUUGGUACCCCGGAGCCUCAAAAAUCUCCUACUUCACUCCUCAGCCAAAGACUCACUCGAAAGAAUCAACGGCCAAUCUUUCAAACAGUGGCUUGCUGACGACCGAUAUGAGUUUGGUUACUCAAGUGGCGAUGAGCGCAAGUUCUACUUUCGUGAGGACGUAAUGCUCAGAAUCGAUGAUGGAGCGGAGCGCGAUGAUGCCUUUGAAUUAGAAAACUUCAUGAAAUUUGUCUACCCACCUACGUUAGAUGAGGAGCAGCCCACUUUGUGGUUCGUGCUGCAAGACCUAAAGAAUGUGGUUCCUUCCGGGGUUGAGAAGGUCAGGUUCGCUCUUAGGUCCAAUCGCAACCCGCUCGGGACUGAAGCUGUAAAUAUUUCGUUGCGACAUCAGCCCCAUAUUUCCAAUUUGCUACAGCGAAAGAUCUUAGAGUUGGUAGAAGAUCCAGAGUACGAAAUGUUGAAAGAAGUCUGCUUAUUUGAUUUGGUUGGAGUUCCCACGCAAAUUGAUGAGUGGAAUGACGAUGACUCUUCAUUCACUUGGGAUGAGAAUGUGUACCAGCAGAUCGUUGCGAGAGGCGUUGACCUGCAUAGGCCAAGUCAAGAUGGAGCUCUCACGAGAGAGCUAGAGCAAGAAGAAAUCAGAGCUCAUCAAUGCAAGCAUCAGCCACUAGGCGUCGAUCAAAAAUACUUUGCACAUAUGACAGAUCCUAGAAUCGGCCUCCCCAGACAUGCUGGGCGGGUCUUUCCUGAGCGUGCUUUCGAAUGA